AUGAACGUGAAGAACCCCUGUGCUAUCCUUAAUAGCCACACGAAGAAUGCCAACUGUGAAUACGAUCGGAGUAAUGGAAAUAAUGCCAUAAGUAGAGACAACCCUAGCGUGUCCAUCCCAUCAGUGGACAAAAAUGUUCGUGUUUAUAAAAACAUAAAUGAGUAUGACAUAAUCGAGCUCAAAAUAAGCGCUUCUUUUAACAACAAAUAUAUAUGCCGCUAUAUAGGAAUCCACAGCGGAAUGACGUUAUACAACAUACACAGAUGCAUCUGCAUAUGCUUGGGAGUCAAAAAGGAAGACACGGACAACUACUUGCACGUUUUUAUAUUAAACAAUGGAAACAUUUAUGGGAGCGGAAAAAAAUGCAGCGUUAGCAUCAUCAGGAAAAUUCAGAUAAACACAGAUCGACACAUUACCUUCAAGCAUAUAGUCAAGACCCCGCUGUAUCUCUACAAGGCAAAGGACGCAAGUAAAAACCAGUUUUGCAACGAUUUUCCAGUCAACUGCGCAAACACGUUCGAUGACAAGGCCUGUGCGAAUGGGGAAAGUCAGUACGGCGGAGAGAGCAAUCCGAACGAGGUGAUGCACAGCGAAAAUGAGAGCACUCAAAAUAGCGGCGGCCCGAGCGAGAACAACCCGAAUGAGAACAACCCGAAUGAGAACAACCCGAAUGAGAACAUCCCGCAUGAGAACAUCCCGCAUGAGAACAACCCGCAUGAGAGCAGCCCAAACAGCAGAGACCAACGCAUCGGUGAUGCAAACCCGUGCAACCCAGACCCCCACAGCAGAAAUGUGGGCGCCAAUGUCAACGUAAUGGAUAUUUCAAACUUUGGGCAGUCCAGGAAUGGCCAAACUUUUGUAGAAUCAAAUGCAAUGCCUAACUAUGACAUGCUGAACAGUGUGGACAGUGUAGCAGAGAUGAACCAUUGCAAUCUUAGUAUACCCACAUUAGGUACCACUGCUAAGGCAAACAAGUUUUCCAAUUUAACCAACUCGUCCAGCAGCUUUUACAGUCAUGUGGAUAGCAACACACCUUACAACCUUAGCGAUAAUAUUAGCAAUAACGGAAGGAGUAUCUGCGGCGAGAGUCUAAACAGGGCCGCAAGUAACAGGAUCAUGCACUUUAGCCACAGUAGCCAACUAAGUGCGACAGUUGUAGGGGAAUACCAUCUGCGUAAAAGCGGAGGUGCCAACAUAAACAGUGGCCAUGCGAACGGAGGUAACGCAAAUCGCAACUGCCCCUACGACCCAAACGAAAACAACAUCAACUUAAGUAACUUCCCCACUCAGAGCAAAAAUAUGAAAACGAACGAAGCAUCAAAUAAUUCCCACUUGAACGAAGCUUCAAAUAGUGCCCACUUGACCGAAUACCAUUCCGAUUUGGAACUACAAAAAGAGGGCCAAAAAGUAAGCGACAAUAACGACUGCGAUGUGAAGGGUCCACCUCCGAGUGAGAACUACGCAGGAGAGGAUGCCCAAGAAAUGGAGGACACCACUGCUGAAGAUGACUACAAAAGGAAAAAGUGCAAAAAGGGGCAAUAUCACAAAAAUUGGCACGAUCAAAAUGGAAGCCAUAUCAACCGCAAAAACGAUAGCCCUUUCCGCAGUAACGAAUGCACCUAUGCAGACACGACCCAUGCUGACGAGCACCCCCUAAACAAACCAUGCGAAGAAGCACACAAAGUAUUAUCUACAAACACUGGUAGAGACACUUGUUACCUUUACAUGAAUAGUCAGGAAGAAAAUCAGAGCUGCAUGCUUAACACAAUUUCGAGUGAUGGCAGCCCUUACAAGAAUGCCAUGUCUGCCAUUUCACCUACAAAGAGUGAUCACCCUUUCCACGCCGGCAAUAAUUACAGAUUCAGCACACAACAGAAUGACACCCACAGUUAUCAUCCUAAUGGAAUGAAAACGCCUGAACAACAUGAAUUCGCAAAUGAGGACAUGCAAUCAAAUUAUCUCUAUUCUAUGAAUGUGUCCCCCCAGUUUAGCGCCCAUAUGAAGUUCAAUCCAACACUUAGCAUGCACAAUUUGGAUGAAAAAAAUGGGGCACAAAGUGGGCAGAUCAUGGACAAUACAGACUACCCAACAAUUGAUAGUAACUGCCGAGAUGAUAGUCCGUCGAGCCCUUUUUUCUUUCCCACGAAUGCUCUUCCCGAUUAUCCCUACAACCUAAACGGGCCCAAUACGCCAAAUUAUUUCCUUUACAAAAACGGAAACGACCUCACUGUUCAUGGCAAAAAUUCUCCAAUCGCCUACAGCUACAAUAAUCCCAUGCACAAUCAAGAGAACCACAUAGAGUAUCAAAAUGUGAUGAACAAUACUUUUCUUGAGAGAGACUUCUCCCAUGUUAGCAGUCCCAAUUGGUGCAUCCCAUCUGAUCAUUUUCCCCAAUCAAAUAAUGCCACUUAUCCGAAUGGAUCCACGACGAGCUCCUACAUGGACAACUCAUUUGCAGUUUCUCCGCUUGAUAACACUUUCAAUCUCCAGCAGGUAAACCACUACUGGGGUGAUUCAAAAUAUGAAGCAGUUGAUUCAUCUAAGAGCUGCAAAAAUAAAGACCACUUAGAAACCUCGGAACGAAUAAAACAUAACGACGUUUCUGAAUGUUGUGAUGACACAUAUGAAGAGGAUAACGCCAUGAGAAACAUACCACCAAAUAGCGGUAGAGGAGUAACUAAAAAUAAUCCCCCCUGGGGCAAUUACAAUUCCACAUCUACAACGCAUCUGAGAACCCAUUUGAACAGAAAAAUGGGGAGUCAAGAGAAUCAUCCAGAAGCCCCAAAAGAAACAACUGAAGACUUGGGGAAAGAACCACCCCAAAAUUGUGUUGAACCGGACGCCUUGCAACUUCACCCAAGCGGCAGAACCGCUGAAGAAGGUGAACCAAAUGAAACAAACGAUAGUGCCGCUAAAGAUUGCAUAAACAGGAAAGACUCACGUAGAGAAGAACACCUUUUGGAAGAUGGAAAAAGCUACAAAGACGUACAAUGUGGAAGCCCACCCAAAUGUAGUAAAGACGAAAUGAAUCACAUGGAAAACCUCGGAACGAACCCCGCAUCAUACCACAAUGACACAGAGGAACUUAAAAAAGGCCAACUAAAGGAGCGGACACAGAAAAUGAAAGAUAGCCACCUUGUAGAAGGAACAAAAAACGGAGAUACGCAAAAAGGGAGUGGAGCCUCCGAAGAAAUUAUCAAUAGCGAUCUCGAAGAAGCAAACGAUUUUAUCAACAGCGACCAUACGGGUGAGAGAAAACCAAGCGGCACUCUCAGUGCUCACAGCAUGGAUGACGAAAAUGCCAAGGAGGGCGUCAGAUCCAACCCUGUAACUUGCAACACAGUAUGUGAAGAAAAAUUGGGAGAUGCUACACACGCCCAAGUGAUCCACCAGGACAUCAACACGAAAGGGAAAUUUCCCCAAAUGGAAAAUGCACACAUCUGCAACAUUUCAAACACAUAUGAUGAUGCUAAGAAUAGCACCCCCGUUAGAACAGAACAAAAGGGAGGUUCCAAUUUUUACAACACUUUUAACGAUACAGAACGUGGAAAGAAUGGACAUAAAUCACCUCAACAGGUUGGGUGCAGCCAUACAGGUAUAUCUGACCCCCAUAAAAAAGAAAGAAACGAACAGGAUUAUUCAUAUUUACAGAAUGGAGAGUACACAUCACCGGGUACCCACCUUGUGUGUGAACAAAAUGAAAGCAAUUUCCCCCCAAACGAUUUAGUUCAAAGCGAAAAUGUAAAAAAAGGCUCCACAUAUGAAGAACACACACAUGAGGGGGAAACAAACAUGCAAGGAAAAACGGAAGUGCUUCGAACAUCUACUGAAAAUUCAAUCAACAAGGAACUACACCGUUUUAGCAAGUUAAAUGGAAAGAAUGCCCCAACAUGUGGAGAACAUGCACCAAGCCGAGGAAGGACCACAGAGGAACCCAUUUCAGGUAGCGAAAAAAUGGAAUCAAAGGAACAACACAAAGAUUCGACAAUUGACAAACAGGAGAAUUUCGAAAGAGAUAUAAAACAAGGAACUCAGAUAAUUCUCAGAAAUGACAAUUUUCACCAAGACAAUGAAGGUAGCCAUUUUUUUACAUCUGAACAAAGGGAAGGUAUUCCCCCAAACGGCCUUAACGAAACGGAUCAGCUCAUUCUAGAAUACCAUCCCCACUUAAAUGAAGAACUCAAUAGUGAAGAAGAUUCCCCUCCUUUGAACGAGCAAAAUACCUAUUUGCAGCAUAUACAAAAUAUGGUUCUAAUUUCUCCACAUGAAAAUAGCAGUUGUGUUACCCCCAACAUGCCCAGUGGACCCAUACACGCAACUGAACGUAGCGAAUUCGAAAGGGAAGACCAAACCAAUUUGUGCCUCCAACAAAAUGCAAAAGGGGAUUGCAAACAGUGGGAUCACAACUUAUAUAAGGAGAAUUUUUACACGAAUUACAAAAUGAAUUGUAUAGAAGGAAAUAUCACCCCGUGUUGUAGUAGCUCUCCAAGCACUGGAGAUAAUACCAUCCCAAAUGAAUUCACCGAGAAUUUUCACAAGACUAACCUUUUGGCAGACUACAACCCGUACACCAAAUGCACCAACGAAAUGGUUAACAAAAAUCAAUAUUCGCUCAACGUAGAAAAUAAAAAUUGUGCCUAUCCUAAGACCUCAGUUUAUUUUAAAAAGGCCCUUUCAAAUACGACGUGCAUGCAAAUGGAUAAUGGAGAAAACGACCAUGGGAACAAUGACCCUAAUCCCUAUUACAUGAGCAUGUUACCGAUGAAUAAUCAAAAUGGGAUAGAUUUCUUCAGCCCGGGGAAGCACUACGCGAAUAAUGGCAGCCUGCACACCACUUCGAACACGCUUAUGACCGUGGACACGGCAGUGGACACGACCGAUUAUAUGCACAGCGUCAAGCAUAGCAGUCCUCACGGAAGUCCGCACGGAAGUCUUCAUGGAAGUCUUCAUGCCAGUCCGCACAACACUCAACAUAGUAGUCAGCAUGACGAGCAACGAGGCGGCCAACGGGGCAACCAACGGAGCACCCAAUGGAGCAAGCCCCUUAACAACAACCCCGGCGCAGAAGAAAACGCCACCUACUUCCCCCAUUUUAACAGCCCCGAACGGGUCAACGAAAAUUAUCAGCGCAGUUACUAUAACAUUAUGUCAAGUGAAAAGGCGCUACCGGAACAACCUCCAUUCUACGUUGGCUCAAAUUCCCUGCACAAAGAAGCCGAUCAAACAAAUUUCACUUCCUCCCUGUGCGAAGGUCAGAAGGAAAAAAUUGUACAAAAGAAAAAUUUACAGGAUGACAAAAGUAGACAAGGGCGGAAUAUCAGAGUGGGCCCUAACCAGCAAUACGUCGAUGGUGGUGACGGCGAAAUAAUGCACAGCGACCAAAAUGUCUGCCCCAAUCCUGCAUCUGCUAUGCUAUCUUCCCCUCCUACUAUCACCGGUGAAGGUGUGAAUUGUCCGACUCCACCUGCCAUGCAUACUCCACCCACUAAUUACACGAACUGUGAAUACGAGUUUAGCGUGCAAAGAAACCUCCAGUACGAUCACCGUAACCUCUGCGGCACACACAAACCGAGUUACCACCCACCCUACUCUCAAAGUGAUAAUCCCAUGAACAGUUACAAUGACUAUUCGUGCGAUGCAUCUACCUACAUGAUGAAUAGCAACGCGAAUGACUAUUCCAGUACGUUUAGCGCGGGUAGCCUCAGAAAUGUAGACAAUAAUGUCAUAAAGGAGGACUCCUACUACGGUAGUGUAAACCAGGGGGGGUACCUAAACAUUAACGAGGCAGGGAUGCACAGCGCAGCGAUGGGUACCUUCAUACAUGUGGACGAAAUGAGACAAAGAGGUUGCGUCACGUCGCACGAGAUGGAUUCUAAUCACUACGUCCAAAUCAUGCCCCAUGAGGAGGACAUCAAUUUCAAGCACCUCCGAGAAGAUAACAUCACGAUAGGUGAAUGCAUAAAUUCUGCCUACGCGAAAGGAGGAAACGAAAGGGGCGCCGAGCAAAAGGAAAGAAGCAGCGAGCAUAAGGAAAGAAGCAGCGAGCAAAAGGACAGAAGCAGCGAUCAAAAGGACAGAAGCAGCGAGCAUAAGGAAAGAAGCAGCGAACAAAGCGAAAGGGACAGCGAACAAAGCGAAAGGGGCAGCGAACAAAGCGAAAGAACCUUCGAAGAAAACAAAUCUAGCUUUUCCAUGCUGUACCUCUUUGGAAAAGUAAAAUUCAAUAUUAGUAUCAUCGACAUCAUACAUAACAAAACCAAUUCGCAUGACCUUCUGUGGGUCCCCAGGUGCUGCAAUGGAAGCUACGGGACGUUCUUAAAAAAUAACUACUUAAACGCCAACGAAAUAGAUAAGCACGUGCCCGAAGACCACAUCGAUAUCGAUUGCAUAAAUCUCAAGCUCAUGGAAACCAGGUUCAGCAAAAAUGUGGCUAGCUCAAGAACCACCAAAAGGAAAAGGAUGAUUGAUAUUGACAAAACGGUGCUACACUUUUACAAAGAACACAUUAGCGAAUUUUUCAACAAUAAAAAUAAAAUCAUUAGACUUACCAAAAAAUUGUGCAAGUAUAAAAAAAAACGGAAAUAUAAUAGCAGCGAUAAUGGGAAGGGUACCGGGAAGGGUGCCUCGAAGGGUGCCUCCAAGGGUACGUCGAUGGGCACGUCGAAGAGCUCCGGAAAGGACGACGAGGAAAACAACGCCCACCCCUACGAAAAGCAAAAAUGUGUGAGCAGCAAGACGGCCAGUAAAACUAAAUAUAAGGGGAAAAAGAAGGUAAGCCGCCAGGCUUCCCUCGGCGAGGACCCCAAGGUGGAUCCCAGCAUGGACGGUGAAAAUGGUGCAGAGCACAGCGAGGAAAACGACGCAACAUGUGAUCAUCUAAACGACGCAGCAUGUGAUCAUCUAAACGACGCAACAUGUGAUCAUCUAAAUGACGCGGACUGUGGUCACCAAAAUGACGCCCCCAAUGAGUCAGACGCUUAUGCGCAAAGUUACGCCCCAAACUACGCCGAUGACCAGGCUCACCCAAAUUAUUAUCACCAACCCAGGGAUGACAACAGAGACUACUACCACUGCUACACAGGAAACGAACUCAGCGCUAACCAAAUGCAUGCAGCAAAUGCAGACCAACACAACUACCUCUUUAACGAACACGUGAAUAGAAACAUCAACAAAAUGGCAAUACAGAAUGACCUUCUCCAAAACGAGCAAACCUUUAACGACCCUUUUGUUAAUAACAUGUUAGGUGAUAUGUCAACUCGAAACGUAAGCAGGAAUAAUUUUUUCCCCAAUAUAAUGUACCACCAUUUUAGUGAACACAGCGAUGUUCUCUCGACUCACCUUCAUCACCAGCAUAUUCAGCAUCAGCAUAAUCAGCAUCAACAAAAUCAGCAUCAACACAAUCAACAUCAACACAAUCAGCAUCACCAUCACCAUGAGAUGGGGACCUAUCCAAACCUGCGCGAGGAAGGUUCCCCAAAUGGCGGCACUCUCAGCAGCCUUCCUCCAACCACCUACUACAACCAGCCGAAUAGUCAAUACUUCUUUCACAACAACCCAAACGCCUUUAAAUCAAACUUUGCAAAUAAUGCGAGUACACGAAAAGGAAAAAAUCAAACCAAAUCUCAAAUGAGUUCCUUCAACGCUAAAAACGCAGACACGAAAAGUGCAUUGAAAUUAUCUCAGAUACUUGAAGGGAAUAAUAAUUUUAUUAACAUUUCGAAUACGUUUAUUAACACAAAUUUUGCUAAAGAGCUUCAUCAGACGAACGAUCUGUUGGUCAAUCAGAACAACUUCGAUUUGAAUGUCAUGUCUGGCGGGUUAAAUGCGAACCAAUUUACGCAGUAG